AUGACUGUUGAAAGUAACCUUAGAAAAUGCACUAAAACACCAUAUUCUGUAGUCACGAGAGGACGCAAUAACUCAGGAACAUCAACCCCAUCUCGCAUACCGAUUCUAAACACUCGUGUACAUCUCGCCUGUUCCGAUACUACGCCUACAUUGCCACAGUCUAGCACUGAAACGGCAGAAGCAGUACCAGGUGGACAUGAUACUACACCUGUAGCUAUUGGAAGCCAGUGCGCGACACACAGCAAAACAAAGAAGAAACACUCAAGACGUCAUAAGACCUCGGAAGCGUCAUCUGGAAAAGGAGACGACUGUCAGGCCUGUAGUGUUAUCGUUUCUAAAACGGAUUCAGCAUAUGAAUGCAAUUUUCGCGAACGAUUGGUACACUGCCGUUGUGACAAUGGUGCACCAAAACCAUACUAUUAG